AUGCAUCGACAGGAGUCUGUCGGCAGCAGCGGUGGCAGUGGCAGUGCCACCGGGCACGGUUUCCUUACAACGGCCGAGGUACUGGACCGCGCGAUGGACCAAUGUAUGCAACGUGGGCUGUUUGACAGCGCGUCGUGGCUCGGGCAACUUUCACUCAACGCCACUGACAGCGUUUUGCGCCAGAUAAUUUCGGCUACCGCCCCGGUUGUCACGGCGUUGCAGGAUCCGCCGCUCACAGGCCGUGCACACCGCCACCUUGUCCUGGCGCUGAGCCUGAUGCAUAAAGGCGAGUAUCUACGCUGCCACCAUGAACUCAACACCGCGCUAAAGGAGUUCGCUGCAGACGCGACGCUUGAGGAGGCUGAGCCGGGUGCGAGGGACUGCCCACUACCACAGCGCGGGGGCGGACGAUCCACACCGCCGCCACCAACUUUCUCUUCCCCAGCAGCACAAGCGCUACUACCACCGCCACCGCCGCAGCUGCAGUUUUUGUGCCUGUAUUCCCUGUACAUGGGCGGGGAGUGCAUUAAAAGCACCAGUAGAAACCCACGGAAGAGCAGCAACCCACACCUUCGUACGCUACGCGGACGCCUGCUCGCCGUGCUUGAGCAGCAGCGGCGUUCCUCGUUGCCGCCGGGGGCGUCCGUAAGGCCCUCCGUGCUGCCCAUGCCUCGACCGUCGACAUCGAUGGGGGUGGGUGCAGCGGGGGGUGCCUCGGCGUACGGGGACCCCUUCUUGUGCUGGCUGCACGGUGUCGUGCUGCGCGAGCUCGGGAUGAAGCAAGAGAGUGCCACCUACUUUUUGGCUGCCCUCUGCAACCACCCGAUGCUCUGGUGCGCCUGGGAGGAUCUCUGCACGCUUGUCAGCCGCGAAAACCAGAUUGAGGAAAUUGAGGCAAUGAUUGCUGCGCUGGAGCCACAGUUUAUGCCAGAAAUAUUCUUGGCCACUGUGAAGGCCGCGCUGAACGUUGCCCCCGUCUCUCUCGUUCCAUCGUCCUUGUUAAGUGCGGCGACCGCUGCCAUGGCGCGGCGAAGCACAAGCCCACAUGGCGGCAGCUUGCCCCGUCAGCCGACGUUGGCGCGGGACUCACAGCAGCAGCAGCAGCAGCAGCAGCAGCAGCAGCAGCAGCAGCGACGUGGGGAGGGGUAUCUUUCACCGCGGCUGGUAAACUCCUGGGAGGCGCUACUAGAGCGGUUUCCCGGCAAUCUUUUUCUUCUCUCCAACCUUGCCGGAUACUACUACAACGUCAAGAAGGACCUUGAAAAAGCCCAGAACCUGUACAAACGAUUACAUGAGUUGAACCCGUAUCGGCUCGAAUCCAUGGAUGACUACUCUAUUGUACUUUUUCUACGCGGUGACCGUAUCGGGCUGAGUAGUCUCGCGCAGCAGGUUUACCAAAUUGACCCUUUCCGCGCCGAAAGCAACUACGUGGUUGGCAACUACUAUGUUCUGAUGGGCGCACACGAUCGCGGUGUGCUGCACUUUCGUCGAGCAGUGGCAGCAGACCCCACAUUCCUUGCCGCCUGGACGCUGCUCGGCCACGCCUACCUGGAGACGAAAAACAGUGCAGCCGCUGUGGAGGCGUACCGCACCGCGGUGGAGCUCGACCCACGCGACUACCGUGGCUGGUACAACCUCGGUCAGAUUUACGAGCUGCUGCAGUUUUAUCACCACGCGCUGUAUUACUACUGGCACACAACAACGCUGCGGCCCACGGAUCCGCGAAUGUGGUCGGCGGUGGCAAACUGCCUUGACCGCGAGGGACGCACGGAAGAGGCGGUGCUGUGCCUCGAGCGUGCGGAGGCGUACGAGAGUUCCUCCUCUGACUACUACCCACCGCUUGUACACCGGCUUGGGUCGCACUACCUAGAGACACGACGACUAGAUCGCGCGGUGUUGUACCUUGAGAAACUCGCUCUGUCCGAGGCACGACGGCUGGAUGACGUUCUUUUCGCCCUUCCGCAUGUGACGUCGUAUUACCUGAAACAGGCAAGGCAACUACUGAACAUUCCAUCGCGAUCCCCCAGCUACGAGCCACCCCAACACUACUCCACAGUCGCCGGGGGAAUGGGAGGGCAGCUGCCUCAGCCGACGAGCUCAGCGGUGGGAGGGGCCAGCGCCGGCAGUGGUGGCAGCGUUUACGGCUGCAGCUUAGCCGACCAGUGGCUCAUGGCGGACGCCGCAGUGCGGCGAAACAUUGAGGCCCGCUGGGAGCAGGCAACGUUAUGCCUGACAAAGUCGAUGAACCACUUGGAGAAUUUUGCGUCCGCGUUGGGCAUUCCAUUGUCCUCGACGGCUGACACCGGGAUGCCCAAGCCCGCAGAGUACGGCGACACUGGCGGUGGUAGUGUUGGAGUGACGGCGGACGAAGGAAGGAGCCGACACACCGUGCAGCUUGACCGCUUAUACUGCGAGCUAAACAUGCUCCGUCGGUACCUGGAGAGUCAGCAGGAGCAGGUAGAGGCGGCAGUGAGAAUGCGAGGGGAGGGAAUGCAUAGACCGUGA